AAAAGAUAAACAAGAGAUCUUCAGGGCCAGGACCAAGCCAAGCUUUAAGGGCUCGAUAAACUCUUCAGACCUCCAGCUGGCCAUGUGAUGAAUUCAAGUAUUGUGCCCAGUGGUACAACAGCCAUUGGAGAACUGUGUUUUGAGCACAUUCACUCCAUACCUGGAAAGAUGGUGUCCCAGUCCACAGGCCAGGGAGACUAUCCUGUGGACCCCUGUGAAGGGACCAGCUGUGCCUUUCAGGACACUGAUGGCUUGCCCAGCCUCCUGAACACUGACCAACCUGCUUGCCAAUUAGAUGUGAGGCUCCUAAGACACAAAGCUUCCUGGAUCAACCCACAGUAUGUGCAGCAGCCGCUCCAAGAGUUAUGCCCUCAAAGACCAACAGCCCAGAACAAUGAGAAUCAUGUGGUGGUGGACAUGCCCUCUCCCUUGGGCCUUUCAAUAUUGUCCUACAGGGACUCCCUGGCUGAGAUACCAUGGUUUGAUACCAACUCUGCUCAUUGCUCUGGGGGAAAGAAGGAUGACUUCUUCCUGGCUACAGAAGAGCAAGAGGUUCAUCCUCAGCAGGAAUCUCUGCUCAAAAAACCCAAGACUACGGCCACUUCCCCAUCCCCUAAGGAGGACAGUUCUGAGUCGCCUCAUUUGACAGCUUCUACAGAUGACGGUGAUGCUUGGAGCAGCAGCAGAAGCCAUUCUUGGAAUUUCUUCCCACUAGAGAUGUUCAUGUUGCCUGCUGACGUGGAAAAGGAAAAUCUCCACUUUUAUGCUGCAGACAUGAUCAUCUCAGUAAUGGAGAAUAUGAAGUGCAACCUCACGAGUCAACAGCAGCCAGAGAGUUGGGACACAGAAGAGGCCAGCAGGUUGCGUAGGACUGGGGCCAAAGUGACCUUUUAUACCCAUGCAAAGCAGGAGCUGGGCUCCUCUGCUUCUUCACACGCUGGCUGUGAAGGUUGUGCUGCUCUCCAGGUCAGCCCAGUGGGUGAAACACUUUUUUACUGUCCUGUGGCAGGAGAGGCUUGCAAACAUGAUUUGAGCAAAUUGGUCAUGUUAGAACUUGGGAAAUCUAAUGAUAUCAUGGAAGGCUGCAGAUGCUCCUAUAACUCUUUAAAGAGUGCAACGUGCAAGUCAAACCUCAGUCCUGCUGGGCUCUUAGCCAGAGAGUUGUUCCGAGGGUUCUGUAAGUACUGGAUGCUGUCAGAAGUCAAUUGUCAGCUGCCAGGCUCCCCAACAGUGGCUAGCUCAGGAGUUGGGGAUGAAGAACAUGCUGAAGAAGACUUUGACUCCAGUGUGGAUGCAGCACAGGAAGUCAUGCUUAAGCCAAGGGUCCCAGGGACUGAGGACUGGGUGCCCCCUAGAUGCCAAGUCAUACUUACCGUUCACCCGCCAAUCAAGAGGGACACAGCAGUAGUGGCCCAGAACUUCUUCUGUGCUGGAUGUGGGACUCCAAUACAGCCCAAGUUUGUGAAGCGGCUCCGAUACUGUGAGUAUCUCGGGAAGUACUUCUGUGACAGCUGCCACUCAUCUGCAGAGUCCUGUAUUCCUGCUCGGAUCCUGAUGAUGUGGGACUUCAGGAAGUACCAAGUCAGCGAUUUCUCUAAAUGGCUACUGGACAGCAUAUGGCAUCAGCCUGUCUUCAACCUGUUAGGCGGGCAUCACAGCCUCUAUGCAAAAGCUAAGGAACUGGAUAGGGUGAAGGACAUCCAGGAGCAACUUUUUCAUAUCAAGAAGCUGUUGAAGACUUGCAGGUUUGCUGACAGUGUGCUGAAGGAGUUUGAGCAGGUUCCCAGCCACUUGACUGAUGAGUGCCACAUAUUCUCCAUGGAUGACUUCCUCAGGACCAAGAAAGGACUGUUGGCACCUUUGCUCAAGGACAUCCUGAGAGCUUCUCUUGCCCACGUGGACAGCUGUGAGCUGUGCCAGGGGAAGGGCUUUAUUUGUGAGUUUUGCCAGAGCACAACUGUCAUCUUCCCAUUUCAGACCAUGACGUGUAGAAGAUGUGCAGGGUGCAGGGCCUGCUUUCACAAACAGUGUUUCCAGUCUUCAAGAUGCCCCCGCUGUGCCAGGAUCACAGCCCGGAGACAACAUCUGGAGAGCUUGCCCGCUGCAGAGACAUAAUGGCCCAAAGUUGUUCCAGACACCUCAUGAGGUUACCAAAUUGUGUCUGCUGCUGGUAACAUUG